CGAAUACACUAUUAUACUGUACACAUAUGUAUAGUCUGUAUAAUCUAUAUUAUAAUCUUUUCCAGCCUGCUUCUCUCUUUUUCUUACAGCGAAUUUUAGCGUAAGACAGGCUAGUUGUCAUCACAAUGACUAACUCCAAGGGUUAUCGCCGUGGAACGAGAGAUUUGUUCUCUCGCAAAUUUCGAAAACAUGGAACCAUCCCACUGUCAACAUACAUGAAAGUGUAUAAAGUUGGUGACAUUGUCGACAUUAAGGGAAAUGGUGCCGUUCAAAAGGGUAUGCCCUACAAAGUCUAUCAUGGCAAAACUGGAAGAGUCUUCAAUGUUACUCCACAUGCCUUGGGUGUCAUUGUAAACAAAAGAGUACGUGGUCGCAUCAUUGCUAAACGUAUAAAUGUUCGGAUUGAACAUGUCAAUCACUCUAAAUGUCGUGAAGACUUUCUGAAACGCGUCAAGGAAAACGAAAGGUUGAGGAAAGAAGCUAAAGAGAAGAAAGUUCAUGUUCUUCUAAAAAGACAACCAGCUCAACCUUCCAAGGCUCAUAUUGUAUCUGGCCGUGAAGAACCUAUCCUUUUAGCACCAAUACCUUACGAAUUUAUUGCUUAAAAAUUUGAUAAUAAAAAAAAUACAAACAAGAUAUAUAUAA